GAACGUUGUAUCUGCGAUACGCUUACAAUGGACCUAUAGCUAUACUCGGUGCACCCAUACGCCCAUCGUCAUCAAUCCGAUGGAACCGCCAACUUCGCAGAUCGAGCUACCACCCGAGCUAUGGGACUACAUCAUCGAAGAAUCGUCGUCUGACCGCUCAGCCCUCCGAGCGUGCGGCCUCACACAGCGUGCAUGGGUCGCGACGACCCGGCGGCACCUUUUCAAAGCGAUCGAGCUGAAGGGCGCUGCCGGCUGUGAACAGUUCCUGGACAUCAUCCUUUCGUCCUCGUCAAUCGACACCGGAAUAACGCAAUGUGUCUGCGAUGUCACACUCACGAAGGUCCGCCUACGUCUCGAUGCCCUUGAUGACCGGGAGGCGUCCGAUAUACCGCUCAUCGAGGAGAUGCUCUCGAGGUUGCCCAACAUCGACUGUCUGCGAUUGGUUGCCGUGGACGUCAAAUGUGGGCCCCGGAAGAUGCACGCCGACGAUGGGUUGGAUGAGGAAUCCUCCGAGAAGACGCUUCGACCUUUGUUCACCCUGCCCAAGCUACGGGCACUGCACCUCAUGUCAAUUGUAUUCGACUCGCCCUCCGACACAAUGCGUCUGCUCGCCGCUUUUCCGCAGGCCUCUUCGUUGCAGCUCAAGCAUGUGCUUUACCUGCCGACACGUCAGCCACGACCAGCGACGAGCGUGGGCAAGGCUGGCCACACGAUGUGUAUUCAGGAAUUGAGUUUCGCCGCUUUGACGGAUACGGUGGGGUUGUUGGGUGCGCUCAGGCGACCGCCCUUCAAAUUCAAAUUCGCCUUGCAGAAGCUCAUUUGUGCGCUAUUCUCGUCGCUCGAUGAAGUUCCUGUCCUGUUAGAGGUGAUCGGAGAAUCUGAGAGCACCUUAGAAGAACUGGAAGUUCACUGUGGUCCAAAAUCCGAUCUGUUUGAGAAGAUGGAUCUGUCCCGGCACUCCCGCCUCAAAUCCCUGCGUGUCGCUGUCAUGGGCAUGAUGGACAUUGACUCUGCGGCCUUGCACCCAUCGCUUUCGCCACUCCUCUCUCGCACGCCUAGCAGCUUGCGAGCCCUUCACCUACCCGUCGACCUCUCGCUAUCUCCUGAUGGCACUCCCCCUUGGCAGUUCAUGGAUUGGCCGAGCCUGGACGAAGCACUCACGCUCCUGCACGAGAAAUCCGCUCUUGACCGUCUACGUGCGUCUCUACUACGGUCUGCCGAAGGGUAUCAGCCGCUUGCCGCAGGUGGCGCAGCCACUGGGAUCGCGGAUACCCUGCGCUCUGCGUUCAGGACUGCGUGUCCGUCUGGUUGUGGGCGGAUACAUUCCUGGACCUGGAGCAGAGUCUGUGCCGGAGGAGUGCCACUGGCUCUAGAUACUAACGAACGUGCACGCCAGUGGUCCUUACUUAUUUGUCUUGUAGUCGGAUGUAUGCUACUUCAAGGCUUCAAUAUUCAAUUCUGAGGCGUAGGGGCAUAAUUACACGUAUUUAUGAGCAGCG